CUGCCUCUCACCACAGAGGAAGAGAAAAAGGCUUUACAAUCGCGUGACGUCACGUGCGACCCUCACAUCUUUGUCAGUGAACAAAAUGGCAACCUACUGUCUGACAGUGUCCCGGCUCCAGCUGGCCCUGGGUCACGGUGCUCGGCGCCUGCAUGUAUCGGCCGCUUACAGAGCCAAGGCCAAAGUGGCCAUGAGCCGCUUUGAGCCCGCCUCCUUCAUCAACUACGAGAAGCUCCAGAGCAAUGUCGAAAUUGUCCGAAAAAGGCUCAACCGCCCCCUCACCCUGUCAGAGAAGAUCGUGUACGGCCACCUGGACGACCCCCACCACCAGGAGAUCGACCGCGGCCGCACCUACCUGCGGCUGCGGCCCGACCGCGUGGCCAUGCAGGACGCCACCGCUCAGAUGGCCAUGCUGCAGUUCAUCAGCAGCGGCCUGCCCCGGGUGGCCGUGCCCUCCACCAUCCACUGCGAUCACCUGAUCGAGGCCCAGAUCGGCGGAGUCAAGGAUUUGGCCAGGGCAAAGGAAGUGAACCAAGAGGUCUACAACUUCCUGGCCAGUGCCGGAGCAAAGUAUGGAGUGGGCUUUUGGAAACCUGGCUCUGGAAUCAUCCAUCAGAUCAUCCUGGAGAAUUAUGCCUACCCAGGAGUGAUGCUCAUCGGCACAGAUUCCCACACGCCGAACGGCGGUGGGCUCGGUGCCAUCUGCAUCGGAGUGGGCGGAGCCGACGCCGUAGACGUCAUGGCCGGGAUUCCCUGGGAGCUCAAAUGUCCCAAGGUGAUUGGUGUGCGGUUGACCGGCACCCUCUCUGGCUGGACGUCCCCCAAAGAUAUUAUCCUGAAGGUGGCGGGCAUCCUGACAGUAAAGGGAGGUACAGGAGCCAUCGUUGAGUACCACGGACCAGGAGUUGACUCCAUUUCUUGCACAGGAAUGGCCACUAUUUGCAACAUGGGAGCAGAAAUCGGAGCAACAACCUCCGUGUUUCCUUACAAUCACCGCAUGAGGACUUACCUGGAGAAGACGGGCCGAGGAGAGAUCGCUGCAGUGGCUGAUGAAUACAAGGACUUGUUGGUACCCGACGCAGGCUGCGAGUACGACCAGGUCAUCGAGCUCAAUUUAGACGAGCUCAGGCCCCACAUUAAUGGACCGUUCACCCCUGACUUGGCUCAUCCCGUGUCCGAGGUUGGUGCUGUGGCCAAGAAGCACGGCUGGCCGUUGGAGGUCAAAGUCGGUCUGAUCGGCAGCUGCACCAACUCCAGCUACGAGGACAUGGGCCGCGCCGCCUCCCUGGCCAAACAGGCUCUGGACAAAGGCCUGAAGUGUAAAGCUCAGUUCACAGUCACUCCUGGCUCCGAGCAGAUCCGCGCCACCAUCGAAAGAGACGGAUAUUCAAAGAUCCUCAGUGAUGUCGGAGGUGUGGUCCUUGCCAAUGCAUGUGGACCCUGCAUUGGACAGUGGGACAGGCGGGACGUGAAAAAGGGGGAGAAGAACACCAUCGUUACGUCCUUUAACAGGAACUUUACUGCCAGGAAUGAUGCCAACCCGGCAACACAUGCCUUUGUCACCUCCCCUGAGAUCGUCACUGCCCUCGCCAUUGCUGGGACGUUAGACUUUAACCCAGAGACGGAUUACCUCACAGCCGCCAACGGAGAGAAGUUCAAGCUGGUGCCCCCCACCGGAGACGAAUUACCAGCCAAGGACUUUGAUCCAGGGCAGGACACCUAUCAGCAUCCCCCCAGUGACGGCGUCAGCCUCACCGUCGACGUCAGUCCCCAGAGCAACCGGCUGCAGCUGCUGGAGCCUUUUGACAAGUGGAGUGGAAAUGAUCUGGAAGAUAUGGUGGUCCUCAUCAAGGUGAAGGGAAAAUGCACCACAGACCACAUCAGCGCUGCAGGACCGUGGCUCAAGUUCCGCGGCCACCUGGAUAACAUCUCCAACAACAUGCUGAUCGGUGCCGUCAACUUUGAGAACGAUGCCGUCAACAAGAUAAAGAACCACCUGACUGGAGAGUACGGAGGGGUUCCAGACGUGGCACGACACUACAAGGCCAACGGUGUGUCGUGGGUUGUGGUUGGAGACGAUAACUACGGCGAGGGCUCCAGCAGAGAGCAUGCCGCUCUGGAGCCCAGACAUCUGGGUGGAAGAGCAAUCAUUGUCAAGAGCUUUGCCCGAAUCCAUGAAACAAACCUGAAGAAACAAGGUCUUCUUCCCCUCACCUUUAACAACCCAUCAGAUUAUGACAAGAUUCGCCCUGAUGACAAGAUCUCCAUCAAAGGACUGAAAUCUUUUGCACCAGGAAAGCCCCUGACUGCAGUCGUGAAGCACAGCGACGGCAGCCAGGACACCCUGGUGCUCAACCACACCUUCAACGAGACCCAGAUCGAGUGGUUCCAGGCGGGCUCAGCCCUCAACAGGAUGAAGGAGCUGCAGCACUGAGGGUGGAGGGGGGAACAGGAGGAGGGUCAAGGGGAAAACAGGGUGGUGAAGCUUGGGAGGAAACAGAAUGUCAAAUAAUGGUUUCAUCACCAGGAUUAGCUUGCAGGUUUGACUGAAGUUUAAAUGGCGAGGGAAAGAGGAAUACUUUGUGCUGUCAACCUAAUCUUGUUGAUGGAACAGUAGAGCUCGGUCCGUACAUUUUUUUUAAAAUUUCUGAUUUAUCAGCGUUGCGCGUAUUUUGUAUUUCCAUCCAGCAGUUAGAACCGGUUAUAGACCCGCACACACACUGACACGUUAAGCUGUGAGCUGAACCAUGACACGGUAAACACUGACCCCUGGGAACCACCGGUGUGUUUUUGCAGCUGUUUAAACAAGUCCGUAAAAUGUUGACCAGCUUCUCAGCCAGCUGAACGCAGUCACUCCGUCGCUUUAGGGUCAUCUUAUCUGUUAUUCACAGGUAAAUUCUGUCUUUUCUUACAUUUCUAGAACCGUUUAGCACAGCUGUUAGAUGACAUGGACCUAGAAACAAACUUGACUCCCAUGCUUAAAGCUUUUUUUUAAAGUUUUUCUGCCCCCUGGUGGCCCACAGUCGGCACUGCAGAACGUCCAAGCUGCAGCAGGCAGACCUGUUGUAUGUACAUGAAAGGAACAUAAAGAUUUUGCCAGAUGUACCCAUCAUCAGAUUACUGUAUAUCUAACAGAGCGAGACCAUUAGGGGUCAUUUUUAUAUUUAUGUCUUAGAGUAGGUUUUCAUCACCAAACAGCAUCACUUCAUGUGCAGAGACGUUUGAUUUAAUACAACAUGAGAUUAUUGUAACUUUCCUCCUCUUCCACGAUGCUUCCAAAGCUCUCAUGAUCAGUUCUAAUGAGGUCAAGCACAUUGUGCAGCAUGUUGUUGUAUUCUUUCUGCUGUUAUGUAUUUAUAAAAAAAAAAAUUCUGCAGCAGCUACAGAUCAUUUAAUUUACUGGUAUCCUGUAUUUUUCAGUACUCUUAAUAGUUCUUUUUGCCCUACAGAGAUUGCUGUACUGAGAGUUUAACUGAGCUAUAGUAAUUUUUAGGGUUAAGAAAACUGUUCUUGUUCUGGGCCUUUGUUUAUAGAAAUAACAUUUCCAGCAAAACUUGUAACUCUGGGGAAAAGGUGGGGUCGAUUAGUGAGAUCAGAAACAGACAAAUCAACUUAAAUCACUUCAAAUCUCUGUCCCACAGAUUCCUCUGCCAAUCAGAUGAAGGCUCUUCCUUUAAAACCACUCCAUGUAAAGUGUCUGAUUCUGUGUGCAGUUUAGCGUUUGUUUGAUCCCAGGUGAUCGUCUCUGUAUUACAGAAAUUUCAACAGAUUGUAAAAUAAAAAUUCACUGAUAUCAUUUCUGCAGGCUGUAGUGUGGCUGUUUGUUGAAUAGUAUUAAAAAUCUUAAU